CGCUCCGCCCGCGGGGCCGGGCCGGUGGGAGCCGAGGACAAAGGUGACCGUGCAGGAGCGGUGGCCCAAAGCCCCCUGGCACCGUCCGAGCCCGGAUCCAGCGCUCUCACGGCCACCGCGGCCACCCGCGUGUCGUUGAUGCCGGUGACCGCCGCAGACCGCAGGUAGAGCCCAGGGCGCGGAGCCAUGAAGCUGAACGAGCGGAGUUUGGCCUUCUACGCCACCUGCGACUCCCCGGCCGACAACUCCGGCUUCCUCUACAAGCGAGGCGAGCGGCACACGGCCUAUCACCGCCGCUGGUUCGUGCUCAAGGGCAACAUGCUCUUCUACUUCGAGGAGCGGGACAGCCGGGAGCCCGUGGGCGUCAUCGUGCUGGAGGGCUGCAACGUGGAGCUCUGCGAUUCAGCCGAAGGUUUUGCCUUCGCCAUCCGCUUUGGCGGCACCAAGUCCCGCACCUACGUGCUGGCGGCGGAGAGCCAGGCGGCCAUGGAGUCGUGGGUGAAGUCGCUGUCCCGAGCCAGCUUUGACUACAUGAGGCUGGUGGUGCGGGAGCUGGAGAAGCAGCUGCAGGAGAUGGGCGGGGGGCUGGCCGGGGGAUGUGGGGGCUCUCGGGAGCCUCCCGGCCCCUGGAAGCCGAAGCCGUCGGGGCUGGAGCAGUCCCGGGAGCGGCUGCCGGCUCUGCCCGCCAUCCUGCCCAAGGAGAACGGCUGUGCGGUGUGGAACAACGUGCUGGGGGCGGCCCGGCUGCCCGAGAGCUCUGGCUGCGGGGGGCACGGUGAGGAGGGGACCCCGCGGCCGCCGCCGCUGCCGCCGCGCAGGCGGGUGGGGAACGGCGAGGCGGCGAGCACCGGGUCACAGAGCCCGUCCACCUUCUGCCGGCUCCACCAGCAGUACGGCCGGGAGGUGGCCCGGCUGCGGCAGGACUGGCAGCAGAGGCAGCGUGGCCCCCGGCUCUGAGCGGUGGCUGAGCCCUGGGAAGCUGCUGGGAACCAGGGCAGGGUGGUCGCCCUUGGUGCUGGCCCCGUCCCCUCCUCGCCUCGGGAUGUGCGGAGCUGGCUGUGGUGGCGGUGAUGGACACGUGCUGCCAUCGAGGGCUCGGCACCGAGGGACAGCAGUGCUGCUCUGUGACGGUGAAAUGGACAGCACAAGGGUGCCCUCCAGCCGUGCCCCCAUGUGCGGGUGGGGUGCCACAGUCAGCACAAGCAAACUACAGACUGCUCACUGACUGAGACCUCCUGGGAAUCCACCACUGCUCUGGCUCUGCUGGGGCCUCUUGAUGCUCUUGAAGUGGGAUCACGCCUUGACAGCGUUUGGAGGAGGAUUUUGGUGGGACCUCGCCCGCCUGAGUGCCCGUGUGGGUGUUCCACAAUGGAGAGCCUGCUGCUGACUUCCCUUCCUGGCCCAGCACAACACUGAGGUUGGCCGAGCUCUGCCAGAUCCCUCUGCUCCAGCAGGAUGUGGUUUGAAACUAAAAUAUCAGUGAGUGCAGCCCUUCCUUAACGGCAGCAGCAGCUCUGUGCGCUCUGGGGAGCUGGUGACACCCAGCCCGGGGCGUUACACUGGGAGCAAUUGCUGCUCACAGCCUGGAUGGUCAAUGUGGGGGUGGUCAGACCCUGGGGGAAUGCAGCAGCUGCGGGCACUGCCUUGCUGGUGGGUAUUUUGGGACAGCACAUCAUCCCCAUGCCAGCUCACUAAGGGGAAGCAUCGCUCGUGGUGGCAAAUGGGAAUGUGUGUGUCAGCAGCAGAGCGUGAGGAAUGAUUCAUGUGCCAAGCUGCUGCCUCAUGCCUGUGUUUCUCUCUUAUUUCCACCAUGGACAGUCAAGCUGCUGGCCCAGAGGUGGGGUGACCCACCCUGGAGCAGGGGGGAGCAGUCAGGGUGCCCUGGCUUAGGGCUGGGUGGCUCCAGCUCCCUUUGCUCCCUUAGGACAGGCACAAGAUUUUCCUACAAUAAAAGUUGUUUCAGAAUUUCCCUCCCAUCCAUUGUCCUUUUUUGUGCCCCUGAGGAGCAGGGUCCAGGUGGGAAUUAAUGCUUUAUUUUAGUCCUCCUCCUGUCCCCACCAUGUCUGUGGGGCUGUGUCACCUGAAGGGGACACGGCCAAUGCCAGGGUCUUGCAGUGCCCUGGAGCCCCAUAUCUGCCUGCAGGGAUGGGGUGAGAUGGGAUGGAGCCACCCUGGAAACAUCAGGACACCUCAUGCCAGAGUGGUUCCUUGGCAGGGGCAGCUCUUAACCAGGACAAAACACCUGUCCCUCCUUGGCAGGGACCGGGGACUCUGCCCUUGUGAAAGUGGCCAGCACAUCCCCAUGUCCUGCCCACACAUCCCCACCUGCAUGGAUGUCUCCAGCUUCUCUUCAACACGGCAGAGGCUGUGCAAUCACUUCUUGGGGAAACCGAGGCACGAAGCCAGCCAGGCUCACCCACUCGCCGAGAGCCCUGCGGAGCGUGGAGCCUGCUCCAGGCCAGGCACGGUGUCCCCCUGUGGAAUUUGGCAUUUGGAGCAGUGCCGAGGGCAGCCGGGGUGCAGCUGCACCCGGAGCACCCAGAUGGUUCACACGGCUCCGUCCUUCGCCGCAGGGGAAGAUUCCGGUUUCCAUGGCAGCUGGCCCAGCUUCUCCAGACGUUCAGAUACCCAUCAGAAAUAAGUCCUCCUCAACGUGUUAGCUGACAAACAAGCUUAAACAGAUAUGCAACAUAUGGAUUUAUUAAUUCAUCAGACACUAACAGCCCUGCCUCGUGUCAGGAGCUGCCGACUCGCCCAGCGACGGUCGGCUCCGAGCAGGAGCUGUGCUGGGGAGUGGUGCCAGGUUGGACAGGGCUUUGGGCAGCCUGCUCUAGUGGGAGGUGUCCCUGCCCGUGGCAGGGCAAUGGAAUAAGAUGAUCCUUAAGGUCUCUUCUAACCCAAACCAUUCCAGGAAACGAUGAUUUUAUGAUAAACCAAGCUGAAAGUCGCGCUGGAGGGUGCUGAGCUACCCCAGGGGCGGGAGCGAACCUGCAGCAGGGAUGAGCACAGGAAUUUCAUGGGGCAGGAUCACACUCUGAGCUGGGCUGAUCCCAUUUAACACCCUC